GCCGGCCCUCUAAUUGGCAGGUCUGACGCAGUAGUUCCUCAGCGGCGGGAAGCAUGUAGCGAGCGGGUCGAGGAAUUAGGGGCUCUGCGGUCAGGACGAUGUUUCACGGCGUGUUCUACGCAGUGCUGGCGGGUUUUCUUGGCGCAGUCGCCUCGUCUUCAGCGAAACUGUCUCUGGGAGCGGAUUAUCUGAAAGGCGUCUGCGAGAGCGGGCUGAGGUCGUGGGUCGGGGACGAGCGACUCGGCAGAGAGGAGGGCGAGGAUGAAACGACGGCGUGCGACUGGCUUCACAUACCUCUGCGGCUCCUCUGCGGUGGGCUGCUCUUCACCUGUAAUGCUGUGAUGUGGACUUUCUUUGCCAAAGCACUCAGGUACUCCUCCUCCUCUGCCAGAGCCACCGUAACGACGACAGCCUCCAACUUCAUAUCCUCUGCUUUUCUUGGCCAGCUCAUCUUUGGCGAAACGCACGCCGUGCUGUGGUGGGUCGGGAUUUCCCUCACUCUGUCUGGACUGUUGGUGCUGCACAGCGCGGUGCCUCGAGCCAAAGAUGUGAAGAAGGAGCAAUAAGUGACGUCUGAGCCGGACUGGCUGUCACGAAUGCUCCGAUGUGGGCAGCCAGAAGACGCAAGUCCCACCUCGACCCGACUCUGUGCUGUACAAGUUAGUGCCAGGAGUUGUGUGUUUGGCUCCCGCUCCUACUGACUCUUUACUGGAGUUUUGAUGCCAGCUCUGCUCUGCUGCCCAGUUCGUUCACUGUGAUCGAUUUCUAAUGCCUGGACUGGUCCCACUGACCACACACCCCUGUGAUGAUUCAUUUCGAGUGAAGCCUUGAAAACCUCUUAUGCAACUGUAACGGGACGUGCUAGACAUCUUCCUUGUUGUCUGUCCUUUGACUGUUUUAGGCCCAAAGGUGACUCUUUGUUGUCUGUUGUCUCGUGUAAGUCGUCACGUCUGCAGAGAGGUUUGUUUCCUUAUUUCUUACCAGUAAUGCAGUUCCACCUUAAAUGAAGGAAAGGGAAGCAUGUGUCCUCGUCCCUCUUCUUCUGUGUGUGUAUAUAUGUGUGUAGUGGGCACACAGAUGGUGAAAACCCUCAGGCUGCUAGGAGUUUCAGUUAAUGCCGAUAUCCUUCAUAACUUUAUUUGACAAAAAUAAAUCUAUAGAGCUUGUGGUCUUUGACUGACUGACUGAGCACGCAGCUCUCUCUUUAUAGUGGCCUUCCUUUAAAGGCCGCUCUUGUCACGGGUGCUGCUCCGUUGGCUGCUUUAUUAGCUCAGCUUGGAUCAGAUCUUAACCUGCCUCCCUAGGCUUGGUCCGGGGGUCACCUUCUCACAGGAAUACCCCUUGGAGGUUGUGGGGGGACAGGCUUGAAUGUGUGGAGGCCCCAAACUGCUCACCUUCCACUUUCUUAAUUGCUUUCCAUUCACGGAAUCUCCUGGAUUUGCUCAUUCACAGUUUGCCGCGUGUUUUGUCUUUGUUGUCUUUUCUUCGACUUUCCCCUUUUGUGUUCUUUAUUGUGUGGUUUGGUCAGAAGGCCUCCCAUCUCGCAGACUCGCCCCUCUUCAUAACGUGUUGUACUUUAUGGCUUCUCCCCACCUUCCCUUCUGCAGUAGAUGACGAGCAGGAGUUAAGUGACAAC